AUAUAGCGGAAAUGGUAUAAUAGGAUAGAAAUGAAAUAAUCAAGUCUAGAUGAAUUUGGUACGAUUUCCAAUUCCAACCACUGUAUUCUCGAUUCCACGACCUCCAUCUAUAUACGCGGAAGCUUUCCGACAUUCAAUUCCUGAAUCCCGCAACAACUCCUGGGAAAACUCAAACUCCAAUUCCCUCCCUAUCUUUUCGUUUCUUUGCAUACGACGACUUUUACUUCUGAUUUUUUUGUUCCUUUUGUUUUUUUUUUUCGUUUGUUUGUUUCAUUUUCUCGGGGUCGUAGGAAUCGGAUUUUGAUGGGAACUCCGGAAUUUCCAGAUCUGGGGAAGCAUUGCACCUUCGAAGAUUGCAAGCAGAUCGAUUUCUUGCCGUUUAAAUGCGAUCGCUGCAGCCAGGUUUUCUGUUUGGAGCAUCGGAGCUACAUUAAACACAGUUGUCCAAAAGCUGACAGAGAGGAUGUCACUGUUGUUGUCUGCCCUCUCUGUGCUAAAGGAGUUCGGCUAAUUCCUGAUGAAGACCCAAACAUUACUUGGGAGACACAUGUCAACACUGAGUGUGACCCAUCAAAUUUUGAGAAAGUCACAAAGAAGAAGAAGUGCCCCGUCCCUGGUUGCAGAGAGAUCCUAACAUUCUCAAACACAAUCAAGUGCAGGGACUGCAUGGUAGACCAUUGUUUGAAACACAGAUUUGGACCCGACCACAAAUGCUCUGGACCAAAGAAGCCAGAAGCAGGUUUUCCAUUUAUGAGUCUUUUAAGUAGGAGUAGAAAAGAAGAGUCAAAACCCAACCGAGCUCCCACAUCAUCUUCCUCCAAGUGGACUACAAGCUUUCUUAAUGCAGCUUCAACAGUUAGAGCCUCAGCUGAAGCAGGGAUGGCAAAAUUGAGCACUGAAUUAAGUCAAAAGUUGCAGAUUGCAAGGGAUGGGAUAGGACAGAACAGCUGCAGUAGCGGCAGAGUUGGACAAGAAGAGUGCCCACAGUGUAGUGCAAAGUUCUCCUCGGUCACAAGUUUGGUGGAGCAUGUGGAGAAAGUCCAUGAAGCGAGUAGCAGCCGAACUAGGGUGAAGAAGGUGACAAUUGAUGUCUGCCCAAAGUGUAGUAGAGGAUUUCGUGAUCCAGUUUCUCUUGUGGAGCAUGUUGAGAGGGAUCAUGGUGGUAGUUCAAAAGCUUAGGCAUGGUUGCCGAAACAGCAAAGUCUACUUUUUGGUCAAGUCUUAGUCUAUUGCGCAUUGCUUAGAUUUAAGACUGGAAAUGCAAAUGCCUUUCCGAGGAUAUUGAACUGAAAAGAAGUCAAGAUUAUUUGGAAUUUACUGGUACUUCAAAUUA